AUGCACGCCUUCAACUUCAAUCCCGCCCUAGCAGUCGCUGCAGUGGCAUGCCUCUCUGCCCUGCCCACUGCCCACGCUAGCUUGUACGCAAAGGACUCCCCGGUCGUUCAAGUCACGGCCAAGAACUACGACAAGCUGAUCAAGUCCAACUACACUUACGUUGUCGAGUUUUAUGCGCCAUGGUGCGGCCAUUGCAAGAACCUGCAGCCCGCCUACGAGAAGGCCGCCCGGAACCUCGACGGUCUUGCCGCCACCGUCGCCGCCGUCAACUGCGACGACGACGAGAACAAGCAGCUCUGCGGUAUGAUGGGCGUCCAGGGUUUUCCCACCCUCAAGACCAUUCGUCCAGGCAAGAACAAGGGCGCACCCGUCAUCGAGGACUACAACGGCCCGCGUACCGCUAAGGGCAUCGUGGAUGCCGUUGUCGACAAGAUUAACAACCAUGUGAAGCGCCUGACGGACAAGGAUAUCGAAUCAUUCCUCUCCACCAAGAACGAGUCGGCCAAGGCCAUUUUAUUUACCGAGAAGGGUACUACAAGUACUCUGCUAAAGAGUCUUGCCAUUGACUUCCUUGGCGUCAUCCCCGUUGCCCAGGUGCGGAACAAGGAAGCCAAGGCUAACCAAUUGUUCGGUAUCAAAUCCUACCCUACCUUGGUGUUGCUUCCUGGUGGCGACAAGGAGAGCUUGGUAUACCAGGGAGAAAUGAAGAAACCUGCCAUGCUCGAGUUCCUGUCGCAAGUUGGCGAGCCAAACCCCGAUCCAGCAACGCCGAAGGCCCAAAGUAAAAACAAGGCGGGCAAGAAGGACAAGGAAAAGAUAUCCAAGGCCUCCCAGUCGUCACAGUCCACCGAUACCCCUCCCGCCGAAUCGAAACCCGCUCUGAGGGAGCUCGCUCCACCGAUCCCAGCCGUUACGUCGCAGCAGGAUUUGACCAACGAAUGUCUGAAUCGCAAGUCCCCCACCUGUGUGCUCGCCUUUGUGCCGACUGCGCAUGACGACGGGUCCGAGACAGCCCUCGCCAGCCUUUCCGAGAUCGCCUUCAAGCAUGCCCAAGUGCAACGCCAUCUGUUUCCCUUCUACGAGGUCCACGAAGAGAGCGCCGCAUCUGUGUUCCAAGACCUUGGGCUUACGGGCAAGGUACAGCUGGUUGCCGUCAAUGCCAAGAGGGGUUGGCUGCGACACUAUGAUGGUGAUUUCAGUGCCUUGAGUGUCGAAAACUGGAUUGAUGCCAUUCGAAUGGGUGAGGGUGCUAAGGAGAAGCUGCCCGAGGCAGUCAUCGGGGAGGUCGUCGAGGAGUCGGAGACAGCGGAGACCAAACCUGCUGAGACGGUCGAGGUCAAGAUUGAGGACUCAGUCGAGAUCGAGAUCGAGAGUGAGCCGGAGUCUACUUCAUGGCAGGGCGCCGAACCGACACCCGAGGCUACCGAAGCACCUCCAAAGCAUGAAGAGCUGUAG